AUGAAAAAUGCCGAAACAAACUAAUGGAUAACAAUAGGUAGAACUGAAACAAUUAAAGAUAAUCUUAACCCAAAUUUCAAAAAGACUUUUGUAGUCGACUACAUAUUCGAAGUAAAACAAUAAUGUAGAUUUUAAGUACUCGAUGACGAUGGAAAAAAUAGUUUUGAUGAAGUUGGUGAAUGUUAAACAACAAUAGGGGCAAUAGUUGGAGCCAAAAAUAACAUAUAUAUAGCCGAUAUAUAAAGGAAAGGGUAAUCAGCUGGUAAUAUAGUAAUUUUAUCAGAAGCUACCUAAGAUUGCAGAGAUCAUAUUUAUAUGCAAUGGAAAGGCGUUAAAUUGAAAAAUGUUGACGGCUUAUUUGAUAAAAGUGACCCUUUUUUGAGAUUUAAAAGAGUUCGUGAAGACAAAAUGUAAUUCCUUAGUCAUGAAACAGAAGUUAUUAUGGACAAUCUUAAUCCUAUAUGGAAGCCUUUUGAGAUUACAGGAUAAAAGUUAUACAAUGGCGACAAGUAUAGGCCUAUAAAAUUAGAAUGUUGGGAUUGGUAAAAAAACUAAAAUCAUUAAUUUAUAGGCGAAUGUCAAUUUUCUAUAUAAGAUUUGUUAAAUGGGAAAAAAGAAUUCGAACUAUAUGAUAGUAAAUAAAAAAAAACAGGGAAUUUAUAAUUAAUUAAUUUUAAUUUAACUGAGAGACCUACUUUUCUAGAUUAUAUUAGAGGAAACACAUAAAUAAAUGUUGUUUUAGCAGUUGAUUUUACGGCUUCAAAUGGUGCUAUUUAAUAACCUAAUUCAUUGCAUUAUAUAAACCCAAAUAAUUAAUAAUUAAAUUAAUAUCAAUAAGCUAUACUUUCUGUUGGAGAAAUUUUACUUGAUUAUGAUUUUGAUAAAAAAGUUCCUUGUUAUGGUUUUGGUGGCCAUCCUAAAUUUCCAAAUUUUCACUUAAACGGAGUUUCACAUUGUUUUCCAUUAAGUGGAAAUCCAUAAGACACUGAAGCUUUAGGAACAAUCGAAAUUUUAAAUUUAUAUAGAUACUCUUUACAAUAUGUCAGUUUAAGUGGACCCACUUUAUUCGGGCCUAUUCUAUAAGAGACACUAAAAUUAGCUAAUUUAUGUAAAAGUUAAGGCUCUUAAAUAUAUACUGUACUUUUAAUACUUACUGAUGGUGAAAUUCAUGAUAUGGAAAAUACUAUUGAGGCAAUUAUUGAAGCUUCAAAUUUACCAUUGUCUGUAAUUAUUAUUGGGGUAGGAAAUUCUUAAUUUGAUAAUAUGUAAAAGUUAGAUGGAGAUAAUGGACAGUUAGCGGGGUAAGGAGGCAGAAAACCUUCAAGAGAUUUAGUUUAAUUUGUUCCUUUUAGAAAUGCUAAUUAAAAUCCAAUUGUUUUGGCCUAGUAAGUUUUGGCAGAAGUACCAGAUUAACUUGUUAAGUAUAUGAUUUAAUAAGGUAUUAAACCUACUCCUCCAACAUAUAUUAAUUAAUCUUAAGCUGGUAUGGGUUAAACAUAAAUGAUAAAUCUUUAAUAAUAAUGA